CAUCCUACCACACUCACCUUAGAUUUAUCUAAAAGGGCCAUGGUUUCCCUCCGCGCUUUUGUGGAAGAUCCCUAUUCUUCCUAUGCCUCUGCCGCUUUUCAUGUGUUGAUUCUGCUGUUGAUCGUGGCAUCGUGCACUUCGGUGAUCCUGCAGACGAUGCCGGAAUACCGCGAGAAUCCGAUGUUCUUUGCGCUGGAGGCGUUGGUUACCGUGGUCUUUAGCGGUGAACUGCUGUUGAGACUUUUCGCUGCCUUUCCCGACGUCUUUGCCAUCUUCAGCGCCCUGAACUUCUUGGACUUCGCCGCGAUGACGCCUGGCUACGCCAUGCUACUGGGCGGAACAGCGGCGCUGCCCAAGCAGCCGCGGCAGCUGCUGCAGAUGGCCUGGUUCUUACGGAUGGCCCGGUGUCUGAAGAUCUCCCAACAGCUCCAGCCAGCCUCGCGGCAGCUGUCGGGCUCCAUACCUUGGCACGUCUUCAACAGCAGC